AUGGUCGUCUGUUAUUUUCGUCCUGGUACCGGACUGAGAGUUUACUUGGCUAAUGUCCGCCGCGCUGAUACUUGGGGUGGCGCCGUGUCCCUAGGCCCCACCAGGUCCACCAUAACGCGUGCCGUUACAACCAUCAUCCCCGGGCCCGCCCCAUCCACCCAGAAUGGCGAAUUGUUCCUUUGGCCGGGCAUGUCUAAUGGCACAGGCGACCUCGUACAGACAACGCUCGAGUCAUGGCCUCAGGGUAACGCCUGGUGUGGUGCAAAGCCAGGACAGUGGUGCAUUAGAAGCUCGCUGUUUGGAUCGUUUGGGCAGUUGGAUGGGGAGGCUAGUCCCGUAGAUGGGGAUACGAGGAUUGAAAUCCUUUAUGAGUUGCUCGCAGACAAUACGACGUGGCGGCAGACGGCGAAAGAUCUCGACUCUGGCAAGCAGUUGUCCACGUUCGAGCACAACUCUGGCCCAUACAUGCGUGGGUACGGAACUGGAACGGAGUGCCAGCAAGACUGUACAGGAACUAUCGCGCCUCAGCUCUAUGAGAACACGGUCAUCACGCUUGCUAGCGAGGACCGUGAUUUCGGUAAGACGAUUGCGGUCAGUCAGGGCGCGACGUAUGAGGGCCUUGGGGCUAGUGCGGACGGGAAGACGUGGACUAUUGCGAAUAUGAAGGUGCAAUCCAUGACCUGA